UAAACAGCUUGUGCAUCCGAUUGAACUAUCAGUUUCUCUUCAGUCUUUUCUCAAAGCAGAACAGAAAUCUCAACCAAUACCAAGAUGGUUAAGAUUUAUUUUCUAGCCGCUUUUCUCUUCGUAGCUGCGGCCGCGGUAAUGGCCGCACCCGUAGAGAGCGAGUUUGAACCGAUGGAACUGUCCGCGCCGGAAGAACGCGCUCUCAGACAAAGAAGAGUGACCUGUGACCUUUUAUCGAUCAAGGGGGUCGCUGAGCAUAGUGCUUGCGCUGCCAACUGUCUCAGCAUGGGCAAAGCCGGUGGUCGCUGCGAGGAUGGUGUCUGUCUUUGUCGCAAAACUAACUUCAAGGAUCUCUGGGAUCAACGUUUUGGUUAAAUUCAACCACUCGCGUGCACACCGAUAUCCAACGAUGGAAUUUUCUACUUAAAGCGAUUAAAGACUGACUUUGGUUUUCAGAGAGUGGCAAGAUACUUAUUGAUAAAAUACGUCGUUGUUCAUCGAACGUAUUCUGGACAUCGAUUUAUUCAAAUUCAUCUCAUUAUAUUUCAAUGCAAGGAACAAUAUUUUUUUCUGUAUAUUUGAGUAUAAAAUAAACGAGAUCGCUAUUUGC